ACCCCCCCCCCCCUAUCCAUAGUAACCAAUCUUAAAGUGAAUUCCAUCAAGUGUUUUUUUUCAGCCCCCUUUCCUUAACACAAAAAGGAUUAUAGCCUUCAAAUCGUUACGCACACACAUAUAUAUAGUAUCUAUCUAUCGAUCAUUGAACCGAUCACAGCAACGAUCCAUCGGACCAGAUCCGUCGCACUCCAUCUGAAAAGAAAAGAGGAGAGAAGAAGGAGACCCCCCACCCCUCGAGCAGAAUGGGGCCACCGGCGUGGCCAGCGGUGGUGGCGCUUUCGCUGCUCUGCGUGCUGACUGGGGCCACGUCCAAGCAGUCAGUGCUGGACGUGUUCUCCCUGGCCGACGGCAAGGCGGGCGAGGUGGCGGCCGACACGUUCCUGCGGGAGAUGCGAGCGAAGGACGACGUCUACCUCCUCACCAACCUCAAGCUGUGGACGGCCACCAACGGCAUGCUGGUGAGCGUCACGGGCAAGGACAACGCCAAGCUGCUCGAGGUCGUCCUCCUGGGCAAGGGCAACAAGGUCCUCAUGCGCUACAUCAAGGCGGACCGGAGGCAGCACCUGGUGACUCUGAACAACGCGGCGCUGAGCGACGGCAAGACGCACUCGGUGAUGCUACGGAUGAGCGGCCUGCAGGGCGCCGCCGCCAAUGUGCAGCUCUACGUGGACUGCGCCCUCGUCGACUCGGCCAAGGAGGUGCCGCCGCCCCUGGCCGGCCUGACCUUCGAGACGGGCAGCGCCGAGAUGCGCACGGGCCAGCGGACCCUCUUCCGCACCCAGGGAAAACGUGGAGCGCAGAUGCAAAAAAAACAGGGCUCGCUGAACGACCUGCGCUGGAUUAUGGGAGGAUCCCUCGCCAAAGUGGGGCUCAUGCAGGAGUGCGAGUUCCAGGACGAUGACUCGGCACGCAACAUCGUGAAUGGAGACACUGGAGCCAUGGGAGACGUGUCCCGGCUGAUGUUGCAGCAGAUGACUCUGUUCACCGACGUCUUGAGAGAGCUCAGGGAUGACAUCCGGCAGCAGGUGAAAGAAACAUCGAUGCUCCGAAACGCGGUUCUGGAGUGCCAAGCCUGUGGCUUUGACGACGGCCCCCGCGUGCUGCCCCCCAAGAAGCCGGGCUGCGACCCCAACCCGUGCUCCGUGGGCGUCGAGUGCAAGGAGACGGCCGAGGGGUUCGAGUGCGGCCAGUGCCCCGACGGCUUCAUCGGCAACGGGACGCACUGCGACGACAUCGACGAGUGCAAGGUGUCGAACCCGUGCUUCCGAGGCUCCCGAUGCCUCAACUCGGCGCCCGGCUUCAUGUGCGAGCCGUGCCCGCCCGGCUUCACGGGCGAACUCGUGCAGGGCAUCGGCCUGCAGCAGGCCACCGCCAGGAAGCAGGUGUGCAGCGACAUUAACGAGUGUGAAGACGGGAAGGACGGCGGCUGCACGGCUCACUCCGUCUGCAUCAACUCAGUGGGCUCGUUCCGGUGUGGGCCGUGCAAGGACGGCUACGUGGGGAACCAGACGGUGGGAUGCAAGCCCACGCGGGCCUGCCCCAACGGCAUCAAGAACCCCUGCAACAUCAACGCCCACUGCAUCGUGGAGCGCGACGGGGAGAUCACCUGCGUGUGCAACGUAGGCUGGGCGGGCGACGGCUUCAUGUGCGGCCCGGACACGGACAUCGACGGAGUUCCUGACGAAAGACUCCAGUGCAGGGACGUCAACUGCAGGAAGGACAACUGCAAAUUCACUCCCAACUCUGGGCAAGAGGAUGUGGACAACGACGGGAUUGGGGAUCAGUGCGACGAAGACGCCGAUGGAGAUGGCAUUUUCAACUUGGAGGACAACUGCCGGCUGGUGCCGAACAAGCAGCAGAAGAACUCGGACGAGGACGUGUACGGGGACGCCUGCGACAACUGCAUGACGCUGGCCAACAACGACCAGAGGGACACGGACAGCGACGGGGAGGGCGACUUCUGCGACAACGACAUGGACGGAGACGGGAUCGCCAACAUCCUGGACAACUGCCCGCGGGUGCCGAACCCGAGGCAGGCGGACAGGGACUCGGACGGCGUGGGCGACGCGUGCGACAGCUGUCCUGAGAUCAGCAACCCCUCCCAGUCUGACAUUGACAACGAUCUGGUCGGUGACACAUGUGACACCAACGUGGACAGCGACGGCGACGGAACCCAGGACACGCGGGACAACUGCCCGACGACUCCCAACAGCUCGCAGCUCGACACGGACCACGACGGCAUGGGCGACGAGUGCGACGACGACGACGACAACGACGGCAUCCCCGACUACCUCGCGCCCGGCCCCGACAACUGCCGCCUCGUCGCCAACCCCAAGCAGGUCGACUCGGACGGCGACGGAGUGGGCGACAUCUGCGAGGGCGACUUCGACAACGACCGCGUGAUCGACCGCAUCGACGUGUGCCCGGAGAACGCCGAGGUCACCAUGACCGACUUCCGCGCCUACCAGACGGUGGUGCUCGACCCCGAGGGCGACGCGCAGAUCGACCCGCACUGGGUGGUGCUCAACCAGGGCAUGGAGAUCGUGCAGACCAUGAACAGCGACCCGGGUCUUGCUGUUGGUUACAUCUCAUUUAACGGCGUGGACUUCGAGGGCACGUUCCACGUGAACACCAUCACGGAUGACGACUACGCGGGCUUCAUCUUCGGCUACCAGGACAGCGCCAGCUUCUACGUGGUGAUGUGGAAGCAGACGGAGCAGACCUACUGGCAGGCCACGCCGUUCCGCGCCGUCGCCGAGCCGGGCCUGCAGCUCAAGGCCGUGAAGUCGAGCUCGGGCCCCGGCGAGCGGCUGCGGAACGCGCUGUGGAACACGGGCGACACGGACGACCAGGUGAAGCUGCUGUGGAAGGACCCACGCAACGUCGGCUGGAAGGACAAGACCUCCUACCGCUGGCACCUCACGCACCGCCCGCAAGUCGGCUACAUCAGGGUGAAGCUCUUUGAGGGGGUGAGGCAGGUGGCCGACUCGGGGGUCAUCAUCGACACGACGAUGCGGGGCGGCCGCCUCGGAGUCUUCUGCUUCUCGCAGGAGAACAUCAUCUGGUCCAACCUGCGCUACCGCUGCAACGAUACAAUCCCAUCGGACUUCGUGUCUUAUCGAGCCCAGCAGGGAAGGGCUCAGGUUUAGAGAACGCCGCCUCCGGCGUUCAACCCUCCCGCGGCCGUCCACUCGACCGGGCAUCAUCAGAGCGCAGCGUCUGGGGGUGGAAACGCACGGCGCUCACCGCUCUCUCGUGCCACUCUCGCCUCACCGGGAGCUGCCUAUGGGAGGGAGACCUCUCAUCGAUAGUCUUGGAAGUGACCCAAUCUUUGCGAAUGUAUACAAAAGUCUAUGCAGACUUUGACAAGUCAAGGAGUCUCCCCUGCUCGAUUGGCCGUGCAGUGACGCUCAUCUCAAUUGGUCUACCACUCGUGGAAUUUCCACAUUCUUGUGGCAGAUGACAUUGUGUCAAAAGGACAGCUAACUAUGGCAACCUUAGUGCCUGAAUUCUGAAAAUGUCAUUCUAAUGCAUCCCAUCUUCUGCAUAUAUCUCAUAACUCAAAAGCUGAGCAGGAUUGUUGAGCCUGGAUAGUUAGCACUUGGAUGGAUGAUCACCAUGCACAAAAAUGUGGUUCUGGAGUCCCUCCAUAGGAAUGUGGAAUUUCCGUGAAUGGUUCAGGCUUGCCAUUGGAACUGAGUUCUGCCCAGUGCUCAUUUGAAGAGGGAGACAACUGUGACUUUGUGUGGAAAAUUUAAUUUCGUGUAACGUUUUGUCAAUCCGAGUCGACACACACACAAACACACAAAACGCCGCGCCUCAGUGUUACGUCUUAUCGAAAGGCAGAAAUGCAUUCGUCCACUCUGAGAUCAGUACAGGAAAGGGCAGGGCAGACCAGCGCACGUACGGGGAACAACACGGUUUUCUUUCUAUUUUCCACCCCAUCCGAGGGUCUCCGGGGAAAACAAAGUUCCCCGAGUGCAGGUUUUCGCAAGAUAGCGGCGGCGUUAUCAGAGCUCGCCUGGGAAGCUGCUCGACAGCGACCGAUGGACUUGUAAAACCUCUGUGGCUAAAAAUGUUGCCGCUGCGUGCUCCGUGUUUGCACGUGAAGCAGUCGCAUCAGUGGUGCGCCGUAGUUUGUUUCGCGGCGUAGGGUUUAUCGCGCCCGUGCUUCGUUGACCCCCACUGCGUUUUCGGGGGGGGGGGGAGGUUUGUGCCGCGCGCUUUGGUUGUGCGCGAUUUGUCCGACGUUCCGCUCCACGCGCCUGCGGCUUCUCCGCUUCGGAGUCGCGCGAAGAGGCCCCCCGCGGCGCGAGGAGCGGAAAGCGCCAGAACGCCGUGGCACACGGCGUGCGUGGUACAACACGAAAGCGCGUCGGGAGAGCUGUAAGCGCUGUGGUUAUUCAUUUGCACAGGCUUUGACCCGUUUAUGUAAUGUGUGUGUAGCGUCGUAGGUGGUUAUUUCUAUCAUCAUUGGUUUGUUUACUGUAGUUCGCUUAUUGUUAGAUGUUAUACUAAAAUCACGUUUAGCGCGCAGAGAGAGGGAAAUAUUGUUUAUUUUUGCUCGUAGGGGCGCUAUGCCAUGCUGUGUUUUUUGUGACGACAAGUGUCUAGGUCACCUACGAUAUAUGUAUACUUUGCUGUUGGUAAAACGAGGCUGGAUUGCUGUUGUGUUUUCAA